AUGGACGUGGACUUGCGUGGGCGGGGGAGCCGGAGCCGGCGCGGGAGGCGGCCUCGUGCGUGUCCCGCGGGGAUCGCCGUGCACGCGGAGGGCCGGCCGGCCUGCGGCUCACGCUUCGUGGAGGGCCAGCCUUCGCUGGUGAGGGCCCUGGAGAAGCUGGGGGGCACCGCAGGCCUGCCUGUGCCUGGUGCCCGCCUUGCCUGCCUGCCCACCAGCGCCCCCUACCGGGCCAGGACUUCUCGAGCAUCCGGGACUGACCGGGAGCUGGGCGUGGUGCACGUGGUCGCUGCCAAGUCCCCGAGAUGGUGGCACAAAUUUGUGGUCUCGUGGUUCGUCCUUCCCCUGCAGAAGUGGAUCAUAGAUCUGGCCAUGAAUCUAAGUACUUUCAUCAGCGUGGCCAGCAAGUUUGCUCAGCUCCAGUACCUGUGGAAGACCAGGGACUCAGGCACCGUGAGCGCCCUCACCUGGAGCCUUGCUGCAUACACCUGUGCAACAAGAAUAAUAACAACGAUAAUGACCACCGGCGAUCUUACGAUUCUUACACGUUUCGUGAUCAUGCUUGCUUUAAACGUGUGGGUAACCACCACGGUCCUUCGCUACAGGAAGACGGCGGUAAAGGCUGAGUAACAGAUGCGCUGCCCCUCCACACGAAGUGGAUUCCUAGUAACUGAAGCAAAGCUCACUGCUGAACCAAGGUCUCUUAUAAGUUUAGUCAAUGGCUUUAGAAACGCUGAAUUGAAGCCAGAUGUAUUUUGGACAGGAGCCACUUAAACACUUGUUGAGAAAUGUUGAUUUCCUUCCCACUCCUCCCCUUCGUGAGGCGGAGGCAGGUCUCGGACACCUGCAUGUCGAGCAGUCAAGACCAUGCUUUUCAGCUUUCAGAAUCUUCUAAGAAAUAAAUCCUCUCUAGAGCACAAAUGAUUAUGAACGGAGUGGGAUUUUACCCAGUCAGAAGUGAAAUUGUAGUAAAUUACCAGGGUCACUUUCUGGGGCGGUUUUUUUAAUAUAGAUGUAACAGGAUGGCCUUGCUGUAUCAUAAUACACGAUAAUGCCUCCUUAGGCUAUAGUAAGGAUAUCGAGGCAAGCAAAAACGUUAAUUGGCUCGAGUUUAUAUACCCAAGUAGUGCUGUAAUUUCAUAUAGUGCCUUUAGUUCCUAAGGAAAGGUCGAUUGGCUGCAGUCUCUACAGCAGGAUGAGGCAGUCCCGAUGAACUUUCUGAUUCAAGCACAAUGCUGCCAUCUUUAAGAGUCACACCUUUGAAAAACAAAAAUGUCCACUGAAAAUAGAUGCAGUAAAAGGUAUUGCUGGGGUGCUGUCAACUUCUUACGGAUUUUAUUCUUGUUAUAUUCUAAACGUGAUGUUAGGAUUACUGGAUACUGCAUUUUACCGUAAAAGUUUAUAAACGCUAGAAUUUAAAAGCUCUUUCCCUUUAUAAUUGAAUGGCAUUGUUAUACGUAAUAAGUAAAUGAUGUUUAUUAGAAAAUGUUUUAGUGUCCU